AUGGCGCCGUCUCUGAUCGAACUACCACAGGAAGUGCUUGGCAACAUCCUCUCCUUCCUACUACCAUCUGAUAUCGUCAGCUUUGGUCGUAGCUGCCGUCGUGCCAUUAAUUUCAUUGGCUCAAGCAACCAGCUGCUGUGGCGUGAUGCAUUCCUCCACAUCUAUGACCAUCCCGAGGAUGCUUGGGCAACUUAUACCCAAUCCUACGAGACCGGUCGAUCAAGCUGGGACUGGCAUCGAGAACUGAUGUCUCGAAGUUUGGCGAUCAAGGCUCUCCGUCAGAGGUGGCCCCAGCAGGCCGACAAGGACAACUACGAACAGCAUGUCGACACUAUUCUGAGCAUCAUUGAUACUGCAAAAUCGCAACCGUCGUCGGCAGAGCUGGCUCGGGGGAGACUUCCGCAAGCAGAUGACCGAUCAUCUCGGAAUUUGCAGUUGCUUGCAAGUAUUUUACUCGAGGAUGAAACGGGACUCGAGAGACUGAUGUUUGACGACGCAACAUCAUCCGCACGGACCAUGAGUGACGAUUUCGGCCGGCCCCGGACGCGAGCAAUGACUUCUGCAACCAAAGAUCGUAACCGUUCAGAUGGUGCUAGGAGACUGCACACUUUGUACGGUCUGUCGCGGCGUGACAAGGCAGAUCGAAAACACUUUCACCGGCGUUACGUUUACGAUUGGCAAUUGUCCAACGCUGCAACUGACUAUGGUCCGUACAGUCGGGACGGCAGUGGACAAAUCAACUGGACAUUGCUCGAGGCGGCUAUGGCCUGUAUCAGUUUGAACUUUGGGGAAGCUGUAGAUGGGCAACUUACACCGCCAGAGGGCCUGUUCUACUCCAUCCCCAACCGCACUCUUCGCAGCUCGACCAUAACCGAUGAUUGGGCGGGCGUUACUGGAAUCUGGCUGGGCACAUAUGCUUUCCUGGACUACUCGAGCUUGCUGGCAUUUAACGCUGGCCUUGUCGAUUUCGGGAUUACCCGAUCCUUCGAUCUACGAGAUGAGCCAGAAGUCUGUGGCGAUUUGCUCUUGAUGGAACUCAAGCUCGACGAUUCAGUACGGGCGAAUCCGGUUCUCAAAACAAACGUGCCUAUCUGCAACGAUCUACCUCCGUUGUACUUCAAAGGUAGCUCCCGCGGGUCCGAAUACCCCUCCAUUCCGAUCACGACGAUCAAAGGCUUUGUUGCGCUCGCCGUGGGUGGCAGAGAAGUCAAGUGGAAAAUCAUCGUCGAGUACAAUGGAGUUGAUCAGUGGCAGUUGGAAGGCGUGCAACCAGGAGGAGUGCGCUCUGGUGGGAUCUUUGGCGUGUGGAGCAACGUAGAGCACGAGCCAAACUCACCCGUCGGACCAUUUUGUUAUUUUCCGCAAGAACUUUGUAAGACGACGUCGAUUGUUCUCGCUGGUGGAUCCUCUAUGAACAUGUAA